CUUCUUUGUUGUUGUAGUUAGUGUAUGUAGGUUACUGAAAGACUUGGCUGUAAUCAAGAAUCAUCAUGAAGUUGUUGUGGCCAUUGUUUUGUCUUUCUAUAUCAUGGUCAGUAUGCCGUGGACAGACGCCAGACACGUCUGUGUGUGAUCCUAAUGCUAACACAGGUCCUCCCAGCCCCCCUAUUCCUGAUCUGCCAGACUCUUGGCAUGUUAGGGUGGAGUGCAAUUUUGUAGACAAGAACAGAACAGUGGAAGUUGAAGAGUACUAUGAUAACACAGGAAACAGGGGGAAGAUCACAGAGUAUGAGAUUGGUAUAGGAGUAGAAGCCAUCUACAGUUAUGCUACCAAUGAAUUGAUUCUUGUAGUACCCCAGACAGAGGUUGGCAACUCAG